UAAUAUAGAUAUUUAAUAGCAUUUUCUAACACAAUUAUUUAGGUAGCAAUCCACAAUAAUAGUUAAUAAUUUUUCUUACUACAUAAUUAUUUUAUCUAUACAUAUAAUUACCAAAAAUUAAAAACCACCAAAGGAUUAAGAAACUGGCAAGCAAGAGUUUUUGUUUAAUUAUUUUUACGAGUUUAUGCACAGUUUAAAUUGUGUUAACAAUUUCUCUUGGCUUCAUAAACUGGGUUCGACGGUGCACGCAUUUGUUGGACCAAAUUUAACUGAAGAUACCUACUUAAAACAUGGAACCCCGACAAGCUACAGUAAUUCACUGGUUUCGCAAAGGACUUCGUCUUCACGAUAAUCCCGCAUUACUCGAAGCUAUACAAGUCGCUGUAUCACAACAAGCUUUUCUUAGGCCAUUAUUCAUUUUAGAUCCUAACAUUCCCAAAUGGAUGAAAAUAGGUCCUAACAGGUGGCGUUUUUUGAUACAAAGUUUAAAGAAUUUAAAUAAUUCUUUAAAAGCUGUUAACUCCAAACUGUAUGUAGUUAGAGGAAAGCCUGAGAAGGUAUUUAGAAGAAUUUUAUUAGAAUGGAGUGUCACAUUAAUUACUUUCGAAUCAGAUAUUGAGCCUUUUGCAAAGGAAAGGGACACAAAAAUUGAAAAACUAGCAAAGGAAUUAAAUAUUAAAGUUAUCCAAAGGAUAUCCCACACAAUUUACAACCCUGAUCUUAUACUAACAAAAAAUUUUGGGAACCCCCCGUUAACUUAUCAAAAGUUUAUAUCUUUAAUAGAACAAUUUAAAAAACCAAUCAAUUUGGCAAAACAUCCACCAAAUGUACCUGAUUAUUGUAAACCAUUUGCUGAUUUAUUAGAAAAGAACAAUUCCAACUGUUAUGAAAUUCCUACUUUACAAGAAUUAGGAGUAAAUGAAGAAGGCCUCGGAGAAAAUUUAUAUUCAGGCGGAGAGACAGAAGCAUUAGCGAGGAUGGAAAAGUAUUUAGAAAAUGCCCAGUGGAUUUGCAAAUUUGAGAAGCCUAAUACAUCACCUAACAGUUUAGAACCGAGUACCACAGUAUUAAGUCCUUAUUUAAAGUUUGGUUGUUUGUCUUCAAGAUUGUUCUAUAACCGUUUGAACGACGUGAUAAGAGGGGCCUAUUGUACAAAACCUCCAGUGAGUCUAAUUGGUCAACUUCUUUGGAGGGAAUUCUAUUAUACUGUAGCAGCUGCCACUCCAAAUUUCGAUAAAAUGGUGGGGAAUUCUAUAUGUUAUCAAAUUGAUUGGGAUACAAAUGAGCGACAUUUACAGGCCUGGAAAACAGGAAAAACGGGCUACCCAUUCAUUGAUGCAAUUAUGCGCCAGCUUAGAACAGAAGGUUGGAUCCAUCAUUUGGCGCGUCAUGCUGUUGCGUGUUUUCUAACUCGUGGUGAUUUAUGGAUAUCAUGGGAAGAAGGUUUGAAGGUUUUUGAAGAAUUCCUUUUGGACGCCGACUGGGCCUUGAACGCUGGCAACUGGUUGUGGAUGAGUGCAUCUGCAUUUUUUCAUCAGUUUUACAGAGUUUAUAGCCCAACAGCGUUUGGUAAAAAGACUGAUAAAAAAGGAGAUUACAUAAGAAAGUACGUUCCUGAAUUAAGGAAGUUCCCAGAGGCAUAUAUAUACGAACCAUGGUUGGCAUCAAAAAAUGUGCAAAAGGAAGCUGGUUGUGUUGUAGGCGUGGAUUAUCCGGAAAGAAUUGUAAUCCACGAAACGGUUUAUAAAAUAAAUAUCGGUCGUAUGAGUGCUGCCUAUAAAAGAAAUAAAAAAGUUAAUGAUAAUGGUAAAUCUGCUAAAAGCAGCAACUGCAGUUCAAAUUUAAAACGAAAAAGAAAGUAGAGUACAUAUUCAGAAAACAAAAUAUUUAAAAAUGCUAAAAAAUUUAGUGAAUACAUUUUCGUUAUUUAAAUAUUAGUAUGUAAGUACGUCUUCGUAAUGCCUUAAAUAUUAUUAUUAUACAUUCCAAUUACAAAACAUAUUUUAUUUAAAUUUACAUGUAUGUGUGAGUGUGCUAGAAAGAACAAUUAAUAAUUGCCUAUUAUUUUUGAAUAAAAAUCAAAAGAAAAGUGAAAAUUUUUAAUUUUACAUUUACAAAAUGUAUGUACAUCAAACAUUUAGUACAUAUUGUACUUAACAGGUAACGUCAAUCACA